UAAUAUAACAACAAGAAAUAAUAUUUAGGGUGAGGAAUUUUUAGUAAAAGCCAAAAGAAAAUAAAAAUAUUAGCAAUGGAUGAGAACGAAAUGGACAUGGAUGAAGAUGUUAUUGCUAUGGAAAAUUUAGAGGAACUAAAAGAAGCAUUAAAAAAUAUUGAAAGUACUUUGCCAGAAAUCCUCGAGUACAAGAGUAAUGAUAAAAUUUCAUUAGAGGAGAAAAUUAAAAUUGAUAAUUACUUGCUAUAUGCUGUGAACUCCUUAUUUUUUAUAUAUCUUAAACUACAGGGUUUGAGUUCUGAAAAAUAUGAUGUCAAAUUUGAGCUAACCCGCGUAAAGGAGACUCUAGUACGAGAGAAACAAAUACAUGACCACAAAACUAUACGUCCAGUCCUGGAUAAAGGAGCUGCAAAACGUUUCAUUAAACAUGGACUAAAAAUACCUCGAAUACCGGAAAAGAAAAAAUAAUUCUUUAUUAUUUUCAUUUUAAUUAAGCAUUUAUUUAAGAGUGUAUAUUUAUUUUAAUAAAUUGAUAACAAUAUUACCAAUGGCUAAUGACGCAGAUAAAAGAA